AUGUAUGACAGAAAACAGGUCUGGUUGUCCCAAGGCAAGCUAAUCAAAACAAAUUCAUCCAAGAUGUCAGAGUCAGUUGAAGAUUUAUUUCUGAGUCAAUUAAAGCAAAUCCAAGCUUCAUUGUUAAAACAAAACUCAACCAAAGAAGAAGAUUCUGUCCCCAUAAUAAAAAUAUCUAAAAAUGAUUCCAUGAAACGAAAAAUUGAUCAAAUUACAACCAAUCUUCAGAAGAAAGAGAUAGUCAUAAUAGCAAGUUAUUCCAAUGGUAUACCGAAACAGAUAUCUAUAACAGAAAUAGUAAAACAACAACUAAAAGACAAUGGAAAAAUAGUGAAACAAUUCAAUAAAUUAUCCAAGUUUGAAUCAAUAUCAAAUCCAAAUGAGAAGAAGAAGCCAGAAAAGGAACCCACGGAAGAUGAUGAAGCAUACAAGACUUGUUUGGAAAGUAUUCGUAGUCCUCAUAUGUUUAUAUUACCAACUAUGUAUAUUCUCCUUACUGUGGGUGAGCUGGUUGACCAGUUUGACCUCGGAGGAUGGACAAUUCAAUAG